AAGCAGCAGGUACACCGCAGUUCCGCUCCUGUGUCUCUGCUGGGAAGACUUGAAACCGUCCAGGAUGGAUCUGAUCGCCUUUUCGUUUCUUUUGCUCCUCUCUCAAUUCGGCUGUUCUGCUGGAGACAAAGUUCUACCCGACGGUCCUCUGGAUGCACUGUUGGGGAAAGAUUUGACAAUAAAUCUCCUGAGUCCAAUAGAACAAAGCGACAUCUUAACAUGGAGUUUCAAGAGUUCUACAUCAAUUGGUACUCUGAGAGGUGGCAGCGCUACAAUUACCGUGGCAUAUAAAGAUAGAGCUUCCAUUAACAUCACCAACGGGGCCCUGACUCUGAAGUCCCUAAAAUCAGCGGACAGCGGAGAUUAUAAUGUAGUAAUAAUCGGGAAUGCAGGCGGUAUUCCCGGAGAGGUUAAAAUCCGAGUUCUGGAACCUGUGUCUGAUGUCAUGAUCAAAUCAAACCUCCCUGAAGUCAUUGAGCACAACAGCACAGUGGAGCUUACCUGCUCUUGCAAAGGAUCUAUUGAGAGCUUCACCUGGACCAAUGACAGCAAAAUCAUUGAACCUGAUGGCAAACGGUUUACUGUGAAACCGUCGGUGAUGUCAGACACGAUUGAAAUACCGGGAAAAUAUUCUAGUCAGCUGACCAUCACAGGUGUCCAGAGGUAUGACCUGGUUGGCCCAAUUGUCUGCACAGCAGCAAACACACUGCAAAAAGACAGCAGCGCCAAAUUCAACCUCACAGUCUUCUAUGGACCCGAGGAUGUCAUCAUUAAGCCCUCUAAACAACUGGCAUUUGUGCCGUCCAAUUCGGAUUUCAACCUGACAUGUUCGGCCUCCUCCAAACCCGCUGCUACUUUCACCUGGUUUUAUGACACAAAGCAGAUAGAGGCCACUGGUCCAGUCCUCACCCUGAAAGUCAUUGAGGAGCAGGGAUUUGGACAUACGAUGGGCAACUACAGGUGUGUAGCUCAAAAUGAGAAGACCAAACGAAAGGCUUCAUCUAUUGCUGUUCAGUUCUCCGUGAUGGAGGCCAUUUCUGGCAUUAAGUUAAGUGGUCCAAAUGGUAUCCUCAUCGCUGGCAACAGCAGCGCCAAACUCAGCUGCCAGGCAACACAAGGCAACGUGUCGGAAAUAAUCUGGUUGAAGGAUGGCAAACGCCUUUCCCCCGACUCCCAUGUCGAAUUCUCCAACGAUGGUACCUCAAUAAAUAUCGAAGUGCUGAAGAAAGAGGACAAUGGAGAAUACAUAUGUCAGCUCAGCAACUCUGUCAGCACAAAAGAAGCUAACUUCACAAUGGUGGUCAACUAUGGUCCUGAAACACCAGUGGUGAAGGGAGACAAAGAAGUGCAGUUGAAUACACGUGUGGAGCUCAUCUGUUCUGUCUCGUCUGUCCCUCCUGCCAAAAUUAUCUGGAAGCUAAAUGGGACAGUGAUCCCUGGUGAAACAAAAACUACGUUGAUCUACAAUAACAUAGAGUAUAAGAAAUCAGGAACAUACACAUGUGAGGCAAGCAAUGAAGUCACUGGGAAGUCCACCAACUCCCCCCCUCUCUCCGUCACCGUUAAAGAAAACAUAGACGAAGGUCUUUCCGAUGGAGCCAUUGCCGGAAUCGUCAUUGCAUGCCUUGUUGCAGUUGGAGUCGCCAUCGCCCUAUUCUUCUACUGCAGAGGGAAAGUACCAGUGGCGUCACCAUACUAAAGACAUGCAUCUGCUGGCUUGAAAUGUCUACCGUUUGGUUUCCCAUGAUCCUCUAUGCAUCUGGGAGGAGCGCUUGGGUGGAUCCAGCUGGUUUCCUUUGAGCAACUCGUCCAACCAGCUUCUUCAUUAUGCCUCUCUUUCUCCCUCUCUCUGGCAGACAAGGAUUAUGGAAGUCCAGUUUCACUGGGAUACUAGAUCAUGUUAAGCUUUGGAUUACAAACCUUCUAAUUUUACUGCAACUAUCUUCAAUUUAAUUUUUAUUUUUUUGUUAAUAAGCUGCACCACUUCUAUGAAUCAGUUGCUUUUUUGUCUCCCUUUUCUACAACAUCUUACCAAACUUUGUCGCUUCGAUUUUCUCUUUGUUUUAUUUUUUUUUCUUGGGGAGGAAACAGACAUUUCUGCCGUGGAGAUGCUUCUUUGACUACAGCUCAUGAACUGAUGACUGCAAAGAGUGACUGUCUUUAUCCUGCUGGAAACCUGAGAAGAACACACACACACGCACACCCGUACACAGAUGUAAUACCUGAAGAAAUGUGAUGCAUACAUGCAUGGGUGAUCAAAACCAUGGAGGCCACAAGGGCAGAAUCUGGGGCAGUCUGGUUCAAAAAAGUAGAAGAAAUAUACUGUAGUUUGAUUUAUGUCACCGUCUGUUCCACAUAUGUGGAGUUACACAGAUGAGAAAGAGCCAAGCACAGCGGAGGGUUUUCAGGAUAAACAUCUUUCUCAGAGCUUUCAUCUGUAAUGCCUCAGUUUGUUUGGUGCUCAACAAAGCAUACAAAGUUUUCUGCCACACCUGCUGAGUCAACUUUUUUUAAAAUUAUUUUAUUAAACUGAGGUCACUACAAACCUGUCAGCAUCUCUUCCUCAACCUGACAGCUUGACUCAACAUCAUUUUUUCUGUAAAAAUGAGCAAAUCUGUAACAUUUACUGAAUUCAUCCUGUCUCUUUUAUAGUAGCAGACCACCAUGAGCUUUUAAAAUAAUAGCUGUAUCAUAUUUAUUGAUUGAAAUCCUUAAAAUUCCACUUUGUAAAAUAAAAAAUACCACCAGAAAAAAGCUCAUAUUUCACAUAAAUAUGCUCAGCUGAUAAAACUAAGCCAGUCUAAGAGAAGCAACACAUUUAACUGCUGUUUAAAUCUUUUCAAAGUUGCUAAGUUGUUUGAAAAAGCCUCAAAAGGAAGAUAUCUGUAAAACAUGUCAUACCACAUUUUGUAUCUAAUAUAUCAGAACCAAUAUGUUUUUUCAUUUGAUCUGAUGAAGAUGAGCAUUUAUGCAGCUUUAGGUGGUUAAACAAAUCAACCAGCUUGUUUUUUUGGGGUUUGUUUUUACCACCUCUCUUACCUUUUUCAAUCUGACUCUACAAACUUGUUUGAGUUUCUUCAAACAUGUCUUGCUCUGUAAUCUUAGCUGGCUCCCUCGAUUCCUCUCAGCUAUCCGUCCUGUAUAUGUUGUUCUCUGAAGCUCAGGAUCCGCCCUCUCAGUUCGACUCAUCCUGUCAUCUUAGGAAGAACAUGCAGAGGAGGAGGGAUGUAUUAAAGAUGGCAGAGACAGGACUCAGCAUGCAGAGCCACUUUCAGUCAGGUUAGGAGGAAGGCAGGAAGAAAAAGCGAGCGGGAAAGCGUUUUAGCCCUCAAUUUUUUUAAAAACUGGAGGGAAAGUCUGAUGACCUGUCACUAUGCUGCUCUUUUUUUCUAACCACAACCGUAAAGAAGUUGCUUUUAACUAAAUUAUGGCUUUUAGAGUCUUUAUGGAACUAGUUUUGAUUUGAAAAACAUAUCUGUGAUAUUUUGAAGUUCGGCAUUUAGAUGUUUCUUCCUGAGUAUUUUGUCCGCAUCCUUUUUUUAAAAAAGAAAAAUAUCUUUGUGUGGUUCAUGGUUAUGUGUGACCUCAGACUUCAACCUGCACUGAUCUCCAAACAAGUAUUUAUUUUGCUGAGUUUUAGAAGAAAAAAACAACAUUUAAAAUCAUUGGAGCUGAAGAUCACAGCCUGUAAGCAGAAACUCUUUAUCUGUUUGAGUUGUAGAACAGAAAUUAUUUCAGGUCAGUUUGUCCUUUCAUCAAUUCGUACCCCUGUUUUAUGCUUUGUCAUUUUGUUCAUAUUUCUGUAAAUUAUUUAAAUUUGUCAAUGAAUAUUUAAUCUUGGCAAUAAAUUAAUCAUGGAAAACAUCUAAUCUUGGAAACCUAAUACCAGGACUAUAAUUAGGAGGGCAUGGGUCCCUCAUCAGGCAUGUUGCUGCAAUUUACAGUAGAUAAAUAGUUAAAUACAAAUUGCCUUCAAGGUUUUUAGAUCUUUGCAGUAUAUUUGUUGUUGUUUUUAACAACCUGUGUGUAUGUAAUUGUUAGAUAUUUCUUUCACCAUUUCUAGAAAUAUCUUCUUCCACACAAAAUGACGUAACUAUGCCUGUAGGUUAAGUAGAAAACAAAGUAAAACAAAAACUAAACCGUUUUUUCUGAAAUCCAGGUACGAAUUGAUGCAUGGUUAGUACAAAGCAUCCUGUGGCACGAGGUUCCUGCAAAAGGUACCAGGACCCAGUCAAACCGAGUAUUGACAAGUUCAAAACAAAUGUGUUGAGUUUACAGUAACUAUAAUGCAGAGAAUGUAUUAAUAACAACAUGUAAAUAUGACAUUUGUUGCCCUAAACGAGACCUGUUCAUAUGUUUUAAACUGCAUAAAACUGCCCUUGUUGUAUAUAGGAGAAAUUGUAUUCACUGUACACAGAUUUUGACUUUUUUUUGGAUUAUACAUAUGGGGAAAAGAAUUUUAAUUUCUUGUUUUGCUGUAUUUUUCAGAGAUGUUUUGUUAUCUUUUAAGUUUAUGUAAAAACAUAAAAAUCCAUAAAGGCCUUGAAAAUA